AGGCUUGUGUGGAGCAGUUGGGUGGUGGCAUGGCCUUGUCGUUUUGCGGCAACGACAAACGUAUGAAUGCCUACAGCGUGGAAGAGGGCGUGCUGAACAAUGGCUGCUUUGUGGACGCUCUCAACCUGGUCCCCCAUGUCUUCCUACUCUUCAUUACCUUCCCCAUCCUCUUCAUCGGUUGGGGAAGUCAAAGCUCUAAGGUCCAGAUCCAUCACAACACAUGGCUUCAUUUCCCCGGCCACAACCUGAGGUGGAUCCUCACCUUCUCCCUGCUGUUUGUCCAUGUCUGCGAGUUUGCAGAAGGCAUCGUCUCCAGCAAGACGAUGGGAACGAAUCACCUCCAUCUCUACAUGCCAGCAUUCAUGGGUUUUGUAGCAGCAACAACAUCAGUGGUUUAUUACCACAACAUAGAGACAUCCAACUUUCCCAAACUGCUGCUUGUUCUUUUCAUUUACUGGGUGUUGGCGUUCAUCACAAAGUCCAUUAAGCUUUGGAAGUACGCAGAGUACAGCGUCGGACCACGGUACCUGAGGUUCUGUAUCACAGCCAUGUUAGUGAUCCUGUAUGGACUACUAAUGGCUGUGGAGAUCAACGUCAUACGAGUCAGAAAAUACGUAUUCUUCGCCAAUCCUCAGAAGGUGAAGCCACCAGAAGAUUUACAGGAUUUGGGGGUUCGCUUCCUGCAGCCGUUUGUAAACCUGCUCUCCAAGGCAACAUAUUGGUGGAUGAAUCCUCUCAUCAUGGGAGCCCAUAAAAGGCCCAUAGAGCUGAAGAAGAUCGGCAAGCUGCCCAUCGCCAUGAGAGCCCUCACCAACUACCUGCGGCUCAAAGACGCCUACGAGGAUCAGAGGACACCGGAGGACCCGGACCGAGCGCCGUCUAUCUGGCGCUCCAUGUAUCGAGCUUUUGGACGUCCCAUCCUGCUCAGCAGCACCUUCCGUUACCUGGCGGACCUGCUGGGCUUCGCUGGGCCGCUCUGCAUCUCUGGUAUUGUGAAGUACCUGAAGGUGGAUAAUGGCACUGCCACAGCUGACGACAACGCGGAUGGUGGGACUUACUUUGGCGUCCACUUCAUGUCUUCUUCUAAGCUGCUGCAGAACACCUCAGUCCUGGCCGUCCUCCUCUUCCUGGCUUUAAUCCUGCAGAGGACCUUCUUACAGGCUUCCUACUACGUUACCAUAGAAACCGGCAUCAACCUGCGGGGAGCCCUGCUGGCCAUGAUUUACAAUAAGAUCCUGCAUCUGUCCACCUCCAACAUGUCAAUGGGGGAGAUGACUCUGGGGCAGAUCAACAACCUGGUCGCCAUAGAGACCAACCAACUGAUGUGGUUCCUCUUCCUCUGUCCCAACCUGUGGGCCAUGCCGGUGCAGAUUGUGAUGGGAGUGAUCCUGCUGUACUAUUUACUGGGCUGGAGCGCCCUGGUUGGAGCAUCUGUCAUCGUCCUGCUGGCUCCGCUCCAGUACCUAAUAGCUACAAAGCUGGCUGACACACAAAAAAUCACACUAGAACACUCCACAGAUCGUCUGAAGAAGACCACAGAGAUCUUAAAGGGCAUAAAGCUGCUGAAGCUGUACGCCUGGGAGAACAUCUUCUGUGACAGCGUGGAGGAGACCAGAAGCAAAGAGCUCACCAGCCUCAAGACCUUCGCGUUCUACACGUCUUUGUCAAUUUUUAUGAAUGCUGCUAUUCCCAUUGCUGCCGUUCUUGCGACGUUCGUGAUGCAUCACUUCAUCAAUAAAACCGGUCCCACUCCCUCUGAGGCCUUCGCAGCUCUGGCCUUGUUCCACAUCCUGGUCACCCCUCUCUUCCUGCUCUCCACUGUGGUCAGGUUUGCUGUGAAGGCUCUGGUCAGUGUCCAGAAGCUCGGAGAGUUUCUUCAGAGUGAUGAAAUUGGAGACGACAGCUGGAGAAAUGGAGACAUAUCUGUUUCCUUGGAAGCUGGAAAAAAACACCUUGGGGCGACCAAAGCCAUCAACAGGAAGCAGCCAAUGCGUUACCAGAUGGACAACUACGAGCAGCCGACCAGGCGUCAGAUGAGACCCACGGAGACGGAGGAUGUGGCUGUAAAGGUGAGUAAUGGAUUCUUCACCUGGGGAAGCAACCUGUCCACGUUGUCGGACAUCAACAUCCGCAUCCCGACAGGUCAGCUGACAAUGAUUGUGGGCCAGGUGGGUUGUGGGAAAUCUUCCUUGCUGCUGGCCAUGCUCGGUGAGAUGCAGACUAUCGACGGAAGAGUCUACUGGAGCAAACUGCCUGAUUGUGAGAUGAUCCACGAGGGGAACAUAAGUUGGUCAGAGACAGAGGAGUCUGACGAAGACAUCAGGAGCAAGAACAGAUACUCCGUGGCCUACGCUACCCAGAAGUCCUGGCUGCUCAACGCUACAGUGGAGGAAAACAUCACGUUCGGCAGCCCCUUCAGUAAACAGAGGUACAAAGCCGUGAUUGACGCCUGCUCUCUGCAGCCAGACAUUGACCUGUUGCCCUUUGGAGACCAAACCGAGAUUGGAGAGAGGGGCAUCAACCUGAGUGGAGGUCAGAGACAGAGAAUCUGUGUGGCCAGAGCUCUCUACCAGAACACCAACAUCGUCUUCUUGGAUGAUCCGUUCUCUGCGUUGGACAUCCACCUCAGCGAUCACCUGAUGCAGGAAGGAAUCCUCAAGUUUCUGCAGGACGAUAAACGGACUGUGGUCCUGGUCACCCAUAAACUGCAGUACCUGAUUCACGCAGACUGGAUCAUAGCCAUGAAAGAUGGCUCCAUCCUGAGGGAGGGAACCCUGAAAGACAUUCAGACUCAUGACGUUGAGCUUUAUGAUCACUGGAAAACCCUGAUGAACAGACACGACCAGGAGCUGGAGAAGGACAUACAGCAGGACAGUCAAACAACACUGGAGAGGAAAACCCUGAGGAGAGCUUUCUACUCCAGAGAGGCCAAGAACCAAAUAGAUGAUGAGGAUGAAGAGGAAGAAGUGGAGGAGGAAGAUGACGACAACUUGUCGACGACCACCAACAGACGAUCAAAAAUCCCAUGGAAGGUGUGCUGGUGUUACAUGUCCUCCGGUGGUUUCUUCAUGGUCUUCCUGAUGGUGUCCUGUAAACUCCUCAAACACUCCGUCAUUGUUGCCAUUGACUACUGGCUGGCUCUCUGGACGUCCUCCAAAACCAAUCAAAGUAUGUCCGGUGAACCGUCGUAUGGAACCGGCCUGGCCAACAGCAGUAACACCACCCAGGGUUUCUCGGAGGCUGAGAAGGACGCCUACUAUCUGCCAGUGUUCAUCAUCCUGUGUGCAGCUGGUAUCACUUUGUGCCUCAUCACCUCUCUCACCGUGGAGUUUCUGGGUCUUUCUGCAGCCACCAACCUGCAUCACAACCUGCUCAACAAGAUCAUCCACGCCCCCAUCAGGUUCUUUGACAUCACUCCCCUGGGACAGAUCCUCAACAGAUUCUCAGCUGACACCAACAUCAUUGACCAGCAUAUUCCUCCCACGCUGGAGUCUUUGACGAGAUCCACGUUACUCUGCUUGUCGGCCAUCGGGGUCAUAUCUGUCAUCACUCCGCUCUUUCUGAUCGCCUUGGUUCCCCUGACGAUCGCCUUCUACUUCAUCCAGAAGUACUUCCGGGUGGCCUCCAAGGACCUCCAGGACCUUGAUGACUCCACACAGCUUCCUCUGCUCUGCCACUUCUCUGAGACUGCAGAGGGUCUCACCACAAUAAGAGCAUUCAGACAUGAGGCUCGUUUUAAACAGCGGAUGCUGGAGCUGACGGACACCAAUAACACAGCUUAUCUGUUUCUGUCCGCGGCCAACCGCUGGCUGGAGGUCCGCACGGACUACCUUGGAGCAGUGAUAGUGCUGACGGCAGCUGGAGCCUCCAUAUUGAGUUUGAAGUUUGAUGUGCCCUCCGUGGGCCUGGUGGGCCUCGGACUCACCUACGCCCUCACUGUCACCAACUACCUGAACUGGGUCGUGAGGAACCUGGCGGAUCUGGAGGUCCAGAUGUCGGCUGUGAAGAAGGUCAACAGCUUCCUCAGCACAGAGUCCGAGAACUACGAGGGAUCUAUGGACACCUCUCAGGUGCCUGAGAACUGGCCCCAGGACGGUGAGAUAAAGAUCCAGGACCUGUGUGUGCGCUACGAUCCCAUGCUCAAACCAGUGCUCAAACACGUCAACGCCUACAUCAAACCGGGCCAGAAGGUGGGAAUCUGCGGUCGCACAGGCAGCGGGAAGUCCUCUCUGUCCUUGGCCUUCUUCAACAUGGUGGAUAUUUUCGAAGGGAAGAUAGUCAUCGACGGGAUCGACAUCUGUAAACUUCCUCUGCAGACUCUGAGGUCGCGACUAUCCAUCAUCCUCCAGGAUCCUGUGUUGUUUAGUGGAUCAAUAAGGUUUAAUCUCGACCCAGAGAGAACGUGCACCGACGAUCGGCUCUGGGAGGCGCUAGAGAUCGCCCAGCUGAAGAACAUGGUGAAGGCGCUGCCUGGAGGACUAGACGCGGUCGUGACAGAAGGCGGCGAGAACUUCAGUGUCGGUCAGAGGCAGCUCUUCUGUUUGGCCAGAGCUUUUGUCAGAAAGAGCAGCAUCCUCAUCAUGGAUGAAGCCACAGCAUCUAUAGACAUGGCCACGGAGAAUAUCUUACAGAAAGUCGUGAUGACUGCGUUCGCAGACAGAACAGUCGUGACGAUCGCACACCGAGUCCACACCAUCCUAACAGCUGAUCUGGUCAUCGUGAUGAAGCGGGGGAACAUUUUGGAGUACGACAAACCCGAGACUCUUCUGGAGCAGGAGGACGGGAUGUUUGCUUCGUUCGUCAGAGCUGACAUGUAGAGGCGCACAGAUCAGCGUUCAUUCAGAUCAGUUGGUUGAUCUACUCCUUUAUUUUUCUUUUUUUACUUUGAGCUGGACCGACCUCUGUGACACCGAAACUCUCCAGCGAAGCCGAUAAUACACUGUUUCUUUAACGAGAAGCUUCUCUGUGUUCUCAGUGCAUCCAGAGACACCAUCAGUCACCAGCUGCUGUGUUUGAUACAGUUGAAUUCUGCCUUUUUGAGACACACGCCAUUUAUUUAUACAACCGAUCAACUGACCAUCGAGUCCAUCAAUUGGUUUUUCCAAUUUUCACAAUGAUGCUGUAGGAAUUUCGCAAAAGCACAGAUCAGCAACAUUUAAGCAACCAGUGUUAAGAGUGUAAAGGUCAAAAAAUAGAUAAAAAUAAAUAUUUCUGUUAAAUUAUGAUGCUAAUGACUAAUGAAACGUACCCUGCGAGUGGCAGCUGGUCACCAACAUCGUUAAACGUUGAUAUUUGGUUGAACGCAGGUUGUGACGUCAGGUGACCAAAACUCAAGGUCAGGACAAUGUUUAUUUGAUGUAGAAUAUUUGGUUGGUUUUUAAGUAGGUUAGUAGCCAAAAUCCAACGUCUUCCAAGCGUCUCGUGCCAGCGUCAUCUGGACGUAUAAAAUUACUGACAUUCUGGUCGUGAGCGAAACCAAACGUCUGCUAAACGUCACAAUGGAAUUAGUCAACGCUGCAUUUUGUUGUCAACCCGAUUUUCAUUUUCAACCAAAAUUUAAGGUCCGUCCGACAUUAGAGUCGUUAGAGUCCAACGUCUUUCUGAAGUUACAUUGACGUCCGGUGCCUGUUGAGAAACUACAAGAUCAUAUCGACAAUAACAGACACGAUUUGAAGGGUUGGCCGUUUUCUCACUCGCCUCUCGUGCUGCCAGGCCAUGCAAAGAAUUUGGGUGUUUGCUUUUUGUCCAGGUUUUAAAUUUUCCACCAUCAGCCCAAUACAAUAGCCUCUAUUGUACAGUAGCCUCUAUUGUAUUGGGCUGAUGGUGAUGAAAUGAAAUUGAAGCAUGGAAAACUCCUUCCAACCUCUAUCUCUGUGCUUUGAUUCACAGCAGCAAAGACAUUGUCUCUGUAAAGACGCGCUGCGGUUGAAUUUUGUAAAUGCUGUGAGCAUCCAAACGAAAUUCCAUUUACUUCCAUUGCGCUGGUGGUUGUGGAGAUACAGAAACAGAUACCAGAAAACCUGGACAAAUAAAACCAAAACUCUCUGCAUAAACAGGUACCGCUAAAGGUCGGUGAGGAAUUUUUAUUUUUCAUUUGUUCAGUUACGUCUUUUUAAUGAUGUUGCUCUUUAACCGUGAGGUCGCACUGUGCACAUCAGUUCACAUACUUACAGUAUUUUCAGUCUUUCUCAUUGUCAACAUAUCACAUGAAAGACUGAACCAAUAAUCAAUACCAACAGGCAGACUAAUAUUGAACCAUUCACUUAACAUAUUUAUUUCUGAGCUGGUUUAAAGAUUUACAUCUUCAGUCGGAACCAAUGGACUCGAGGUUGAGAGCUACAGACUAAAAUCUGCUGGUUUUGUCUUUUUCAGGGGGAUUUUGUGAACAAUAAGAAGAAUAAUAAAGAAAUAAUGGGUUUGAUGGUUGAUUUGAUUUUUACAGUGUAAAUUGCUGAAUUUAAAAUCUCACUGUAUCUGAGUUGAAUAGUUUUGGAUUGAGCUGAACUAUCAGGUCCUGCAAGGAUCUUUUUAUAUUGAUAGAAUUUUAAAAGUCUUUAAUUAUCUUGUGUAAGAAAAAAAAAAAAAAAAACUAAACAUUUGUUACCUUCUUUUAGAUUAUGCAGCACUUGUAUCAGUGUAUACUCUUUAUCACUUGUAUUAUGCAAUAAUGAGGAACGGAGGAAGUUGUUUUUUUUAAAUGCUUUUUAAAUAAUGAUUGAAUGUGUCAUGUGCCAGUGUUUGUGCGCUGCAUGCAUCAAUGCACUGUGCAACUCUCGCUGUAAAGGAUUUUAAACCUGAAUAUUUUAAAAGUCUGAUGCCGCAUUCACAUGACGUCAGGAGUUUGGGGGAAAGGACAGGAUGACAUAUCUUUGCUCCAACUUGAAGCCAAAUCCGUUGUAAGGUCGAUGAACCCGGCGGUUUGUGUUUCAUCAACCGAAGCCUUCCUCUUCUGAACAAGUUUGACAAAGGGAUUCUUGCUUCGGUGGAUUUGCUGCCGUCUUUUCCGCCUGUUUUGGAUCAUUUCCUGCAACCAACGAGGAGACAUCAGACCUCACAAAGUGCUCCUCCAACUUGGGAUUUCCACCACAAGACUGACUUUUACGUCUUUCCCCAGUUGGACGUCAGCAGCAGCCAAAACUGCCACAAUCAGAAAACGAAGGGAGUGUCACAUCUUUGCAAACUUUGGUGGAGAGAAGGCGAAAGUUUACCAGAAACAAAAAGAAACUUUUCAUGUUUACACAGGAGAAAUGGUUGAUUUAAGACCAAAUCUAUGUUUCCUUAUUGAGUAGUAUUUCUGAGAAAGCACAUUUUUGUUCCAAAAUAAAUCAGGACUAGUUAUGAAAGAAUUUGAAACAAGUAAAAACUGAUUAUAUUUUUGGCAGACGAUUUCAAAAGCGGAUUUGUAAAAGUUGGGAUUUUGUUUCUGGUAUACUACGGCCUAUGUUUUCCUGACACUUGGUUCUAUCAGUUGUAUUUCUAUGCCGACACUAGUACAAACACUGUAGGGUGUCACGGCUCGGUCCGAAGCCGGUGGACCCGCUGUCUGUCUGCGGUCAUGCUUUGCUGAACAUAUUAUCCUCUGGGACAAUAGACACCAAAACACGAGCUCCCAUCACAUUGAGAGAUGUUGAAUAAUUUAAUGAUUUAAACGGCUGCAGGUAAAAUAAAAGGUGCUGCUCAUAGCGACAACCUUGUUUUUUAGCCUCUUUUAGCUUCUUGUUUUGUUUUUUCCAGUCCACAAACUCUGCUGUCAUCAGCCUCAUGGAGGGCUGAGCAGCUGAAGAGGCAGAUGUUUCUCUGAGCUCAAAGCAGAGUGAACAUUAAUCAGCCAAACAUGAAACACAACCCAGAAUGAUGCUGAAGAUGUAGAUGUGUCAUUUGUGGAGAUAAAGUCAAAAAAUUACCUUUUAAAAAGUCCCUAUGUUUUUGUUUUGGCUCAAGAGUCUUUGAGCUAAAAUAUCAUUGGAGUCAAUCGGAGAGUCGAUGAGCUCUUAAAUAGUGACAUCAUGUGAAAGUCGACACGUUCGUCUGCGUUUAAAUGUAUAAAAUAUCUGAGAAGUGAAAUCAAGGAAGCCAAAAUAUACAAAUAAUGCAGCUUUAACACAACAUCAAUAACAGAUUAAAGUGCGGGGUGAUGCUGCAGUGCUCCAUGGGACUUGUAGUUUACAUGGGUUUUAUGUGAAAACUUAUAAAAGUCCACACAGACAGUUGUCAGGGCUUUUACUUCCAUAACUAGCUUUUAGGAUUUUAGGAUUAUAAUUACAUGACCCUCACAAACAGAAAGAUAGAAGUGACUAUUCCUUUAUUUCCGAUUCAUGUUUAUUCGUUAUCUGGUGGAGAGCCAACAACGUGUUAGCUUAGCUUAGCAUAAAGACUGGAAACAGGGUGAAAACAGCCACAUGUGGUGUUUAAGACGCACGAAAAUCAAAGUUAUGAAAACAACACUUGCCUUUGUUUUGUGGGAGGUUAUUAGCCAGACUAUUAUGUAAUAAUAUCAUAUUCCAGUUCAUGUUUUUAUAAGGAUCCAUCAGUCAAUUUAUUAGUUUACAAUUCUCUCUUUAUUUUUGCAUUAGAAACCAGUUUGUGCUUCUACUGAGGCAAAUUUACACACAACUGCCAACAUAGGUUUUUCUAGAAUCACUGGUUCCGUCUCUCUGGGAGUGGUGCUAUUGUCCCUUUGUAUUAUUGUGUAUUGAUUAUACUUUGCUUUUUAAAUGAGAUUGUGAAAUCACUUUGUACUGUACAGACUGAAUGCCAAAAAGAUUCUUUUGCCACAAUUUCAACAUCUUCUUUUUUUGUUUUUUACUGAGGCUCUCAGAUGUGUCAUCUCAACAUGUUGCCACUUCAGUUUUGCAGCUGGGUGGUUUUUCCAUUCUUACACAACUGCUUUAGUCUCAUGUAGAGCUGAUACGUCCACGUCUGAUUUAUUGAUCAUGAGCGUGGAAGCUAUAGCUGCAGUUUGUUUUUCCUUCUCUCAUUUUUGUGGCUCAAACUAAAACCUUUAACUCCGGACUCAUCCUCAAACAUCUGCCUCUCUCUGCGUCUUCCUCUUCACUGUUAUUUUUUCUUGGUUUUUUUUUUUCUUCUUUUUUAUCUUUUGUCUCUGCAGUUGCUCCAAGUUCUGCUUCUCCAUCUUCUCCUCUCUUAAUGACAGACUGUUCUUCCUCUUCUUUGAUCCUGAUUCAGCCGCCAUUUUUUUUUCUGCCCCUUGGCUACGAGUUAGAUUCAUAAAUCUUUUUUGUUUAGUUUAGUGUGUGUCUGUGUGUGUGUGUGCACGUGCGUGUGUGUGUGCGUCCACCAGUCAGUACCUUCAGACCGCUGCCUUGUAAAUUCUUCAUUUCACACCGAAGCAUAUUUGUCUUUGAGAGGACGUCAGGGCAAAUUAUGAGACAAUACACACAAAGGAGAAAAGCGGAAAGACAAAUUAUUUUCUUUUCUAGAGUUUUAAGAAACUUGAUGAAAAAGCAGGACCUAUGUUUCUGUGUCGAAAAGUGUUAAUAUUUCUGCAAAGCAGCUGCGUGUUUUCUCUUAAAUCUUAAGUGGAAAAAACUAAUUUCAGAUAUUUUUAUCAUCUCCUGUUUCAAUUUUAGUUUGGGGGAAACAAACAAAUGUAAAGUGUCAUUUUUUCAUAUCAGUGGAAAUGAGGGUGAAUUUCCACUUUGGCGCGAACACUAUCAGAGCUAUGCAGACACUUUUCUCUCUUCUCUUGAAUGCACAUUUGACUGUUAGCAAAAUGAAAAUAUCAUUUCCACACGCACAGGUCAAGUUGAGGUCUUUUUUUUUUUUUUUUAAAUAAAUCAAAAAGUAUGUAAAUGUACAUUCUGUAUGUAGUCGCCUGUGUAUCCAAGGAUUUCUAAACAUAUAGCAAAGUAUUAUUAUGUGUGCCUCAUUUUUCUUUUUUUUUACAUUUGAAAUAAUGAUAAUAAAAUGGUUCUGAGUGAA